AUGGUUACAAAUGAUGCUGGGAAGUUUUAUUUGAAAGUGGAAAGAGGAUGUAAACCACACGUACGGUUAUUCAAAGAAUCACGUAAUGCGCAGAUCACAAUUCCAUGUAAUCAAACAACAAAAUGGCCACCAAUACGAGUAAAAGUGAACAGAGACUUGACAAUUCUCGUGCAGAAAUUGGAACAACAGUACAAAAUUACUGUUCAACGAAUUAUGGAACAAAAACCGGAAAUAUGCAUUUACGUAAACGCUCUCACGUAUGAACGAGAUAUCCGAACGUGUGUUCGUUAUAUUAAUACACACCUGAGUCAUGUAGGCAUCGCGGGACCUAAUCUGGAAGUAGCUGGUCGUAUAAAGGGAGAUAAAGUGACAUUUGAAUCUACAUUUGGAGCAUUGCACACAAAUUCAAAAUUAUCAGCUCGAAGUGUUGUUCUUAAAGCUCCGCAUAUUUUCAUCAAACCUGAGGCUUUGUAUUCAUGCUCAAAAUUACGGAUGUUUUCACGUCGUGUUCAAAUUGAUGGUCGAAUCUGCGGUUUAGAAAAUGAUCCACUGAAAUUAUCAGUAGAUAUUGAUUCGUCUUUAUUACACAUUGGAAUCGAUGGCAGUAUCGGAACUUCACGAUCAUCUGCUGAGAAAUCUAGCACAGAAAGUGCAGUGAGUGUGCUCAAUUUUCGAUUAAGCGGUUGCUUAGCCAAUUUUGGUCAAAUUAUCUCACAAAAACAAAUGGAAUUUUGUGUAGACGGUAGUAUAUUAUCACUGCAAGAUGGUCAUAUCGAUAGUGCUUCAAGAGGAUUCACAGCUUUGAAACAUAUCAAAGGUAUCAGUAGUGAAGUAUCAGAUUCUUUACCAACAAGCAGCACACUUAGUUCUGCAAUACUAUGCGAGAAACCUGAAGCAGUUGCACAACUUCUAGAAAACGGUGUGGAUGUAAAUGAUUCUAUCAAAGAAGGCAGUGCAGAUGAAGAUACUCCGAGAAGGAUCGCUGCUCGAAAAUAUAAAGCAGUUAGUACAACAGAAAGCCGUAAUAAAAUGCGUGAGAAGAUAACGCUGAUUCAAGCGUUGAUCAGUACGCAUGAAUGGAAACGUGGAAUUAUCACUUCGAACAUUAUCAAUGCUAAAGUUGGACAAAACUGUUCUGACUGUGCUCAGUUCCGAAGUACGAAUUUAACUAUGACAAUUUAUGGGAACGCAAAAUGUGAAACGAAAUCAAUUUGGACUAGUGGACAAAUAAAGCAUGCAAGUUUGGAUGUAUCUUGUGGAGGCAAUAUAAUUGCUGCUGAAGAGUCUCUGAUUAGUCAAGAUCGAUGGGUUAAGAUACAUGCAUCAGUACUCUGUGUUGCUGGAUUUUGGUCAGUAGGCGAAGAAUUCAGCAUAUACGUUAAUUCAGCAACUUUUCUGGAAGAAUCUCAUAUAGAAGUAGAUUCCUUUGAAGGAACAGUUAAUGAAAAUUGUUAUCAUUCAGGGUCUUGGCAAAGUCGAUUUAUAUUACUUACAAUUAAAGAGAAUUUUUUCACGUUGCAUACUGGAAAAGUGAUUGUUCAUGAGACAACAAUCAUUGAAGCAAAAUCCUUCAAUACCUGUGGCAUAUGGAAUAUCAAAGAGUCUAUUAAAGUUACACUUAAAGGAUCAGCUAAUUUCUAUCCUUCAUCAAAAUUUAGUGCCAAUUUGUUGAAAUUAAUCGCAGAAGGUCAAUGUACAAUUGCUGGACAUAUAUUUUUAGCAAAUUUAUCAGUUUAUGUAAGAAAUGAUCUGAUUACAACAUUAGAUGCACGAGUUAUUAUAUCAACUAGUGCAACAAUAGCUGCUGGCACUUUUAGAAAUGAUUCUUACUGGCAGUCAGAUGGAAAUUUGCAUAUGCAUCUUGCAUGCUUUGAGCAAUCGGAAAAUGCACUUAUUUUUGUCAAAGAUACUUUUACAAUAGCAAUAUAUGAUUUAUCAGAAGAACGAUGUCAAGGACGUAUUGUUGCUAAUUAUUUAAUUAUGAAUUUAAUGAAGAAAGUACGCCUUGAUAGUUAUAUACGUGUGAAUCAGAUCGAAAUUUCUCUACCAUAUGUAAAUGAAUCACAGCUAACCAUUGCUGGACAUUUAGAAGUACUCAAAGGACCAGUAAUUAUGAAAGGCAAAAGCAUUUUGCAGAAUUUAGAAUACUCUUCAAAUGAGAUUGAUUAUGCAAAUUUUUGCUAUCCAGCAUUUAUUCUAAAAGGACAAUUAAAAGCAGAAGCUGUUAUAGCUCCGUUUCUGAUUCUUCAAUUUUCAACUGCUUCAUAUUGUUUUCUUUCUGGAAUGGAUUCUGUAGUACAAAAAGCUACAUAUCGAAGUCUUAUAUCAUGUAGCUUAUUACAUACUGAACCAGCUUCAUUAAUUUCUUCUAUUUCUGCUCAAGAAACACCACUUCCAGAAGGUAUUUCAUGUGCAACAACAUGGCUUCAUGAAGGUCAAGUACGAUUUAAUGCUGAAAAAGUAUACAUUAUUUGCGAUCAAUUUAUUAAUCGAGGACGACUCACAAGUGAUAAUAAGCUACAAAAUCAUAUGCAUGAAAUUAUUGUACUAGUUGAUAGUCUGUUUCAAAAUGAUGCGGUUUUUUCUGCUGAUAAAAUUGAAAUUCGCGGAAAUGGUGAAAUGCACAAUAGAAAUCGUAUUUUUGCAAAUGAUAGAAUGGAUAUAUGCUUAGCAAAUUAUACCAGCGAAUAUGGGCAAAGACAAGUAGAAAGUUUGCAACCAAAAUUACUCUCUGCUGGUAAAGAAGAACGAAGUCGAACAAGGAAUCGUGUAGAAAAGCGAAGUAAUGUUUUGGUACCACAAGUAAAUAAUUUAUUUGCAUUAAAUCAACAGAUGAAAACGAAUUUAAUCCAAUCACAAGUACUGAUUGAUAGUGAUAUUAUUGAUGAACGUAAGAAGAUUGCAUUUGUAGCACGUGAUGGAAUUUUAUUGAAUUCAUCAAUAAUUGUUGAUCAACUUGAAUUUACUCUUGGAACUGCAUACAUUACUGAAAUUGUUGUGAAGCACAAAAUUCCAGUAAAAGUUAAUCAACUGCAUAUUUCUGGAAAUUGUAAAUAUUUAAGUUUGAUAAUUAAUGGUGAAUUAUUCUGUAAAUCAAUGGUAAUUGAUUCAAGUAUACGUCAGAUUAAAAUAAUUGGAAAUGGAGUAUUUUCAUGCGAGAAAACGUGUAAUAUUAAAGGAGAAUCGGUUAUAUUAACAACACGAGAUAUCCGAUUAAAUGAAUUAAUGGCUUCUAUGGUAACCAUUACUUCUAACGGUAUUCUCAAUUUAUCACCACCAUUUGGUUCUGAAUGCAAAACAGUGCUAAUUAAUUCAGAUAGUUGCCAGUUACAAGGUAGAAUACUUGUUGAUCACAAAAUAAUCUUAAGAAGUGGUCUAGGAGCUUGUCUUAUCAGUGGAGAAAUUCUUGGAAUGUGUAGAAGGAGCGAAUUGUCAUUAGAAUGCGGUGAAUUAAUCAUAACUGGAACAGUGACAAACUUAGAUUUUUUUGAAAGUUAUACCAAGACAAAAAUGAAGCACUGCGAAACAGGAUUAAUUAAAAGUGUGAAAAAUAUAGUUCUUGAAGGUGAAUACAUUUCAUUGAAUGGCAAAAUUAUGCAUUCAGAAUCGGUAAUUAUUUCUGGAGACGAAGUAAAUAUUGAAGGAAUUUUAAAAAGUUUAGACAAUACAGAAGUUGUAUAUUCAGUAUUUGCAAAGAAAAUUGUAUUUGAUGGAAAAAUUUAUGGUCCCGCACGAUUUGAUUUAAAUGGAUAUGAGAUUAAUUUUUCUGGAAUUUCGAAUAAUUUAAAAUCUUUGGAUAUUGAUGCCAAUUUGACUGUUAUUACACCUCUUGAAAUGUACUGUGAAAAUUUUGAUCUAAUGGCAUAUUCAGCAAUUUUAAGAGGUAAUUUUAAUGCAACAAAUUUCCAAACAAAUGCACAAACAACAAUAUUUUUGCAGUCUGAUUUGACAGGCUGUAAAAAGUGCAUGCUUGUUGCACCAUUAAUUCUUGCAUUAAAAUGUUCAUUGCCAGAUGAAAUCAACAUUUGCGCUUUGAUUUCUAUUUAUGAGCAAUCGCAAUCGCAAUCGCAAUUAUUAUUACAGCCAGAUAAUAAUUUUGCAGUAUUUACUAAUGAAAAAUCUCGAUUGCAAGCUAAAUCUGAAUGUAGUCAAGCACAAACUAAAGUAUUCUCUGAAUCUGAAUUGUCAUCUACGACUCAUUCUUUGCAGCAACAAGAUUUCAUUCGAAUCACUAAUAAUCAAUUAGUUGUACAAAGUUUUAUCAAAAUUAUUUUCUACUCUGAUUCUAAUCAGUAUAAAAAUGUAUAUCAUAGAGAAUUAUUGAGAAAAUGUAUGAAUGAUAUCAGUAAAUGUUUUCAAAAUGCAUAUACAACUUAUGAUGAAUUACAAGAAGCUCUUGAAAAGGCUACAAAUAUGCAACCUAUUACAAUUUCACUUCUUACAACUGAUCAUCUUUAUCAAUUAUUGUUGAAUAUACUUAGUGAGGUACACAUUGACCACUCUGCUAUGUGUAAUUUACCUAAAAUACUCAGUGUUUUAUGCAAUGCUACGAAUAUUGCUGACUACUCAAACGCAGCUAAUAUGAUAGCAAUCUACGAAAUGCCUGACAAUAUAAAAUUUGACGCACAAAUUCUUCAUGAAAUGUCAAAUCAUUUUCGAAUUCGAUCGCGAAAAUUUGUACCUCUUCCAAAUGAAUGUCGUUCCGUAGAAGAUGACAUUGGUUAUGCAAGUCGUAGUUCAAGUGAAGAAAUUGAUGAAAAACAACGCAGUUUGAAUGAAACUUAUUCAGUAAAUCUAAAUGAUGAAUCACAAAUGUUAAUGUCAAAAGUGAUUAGUGAAGAUGACUGCAUGGAUAACGGAACAAUCACGGAUGAUGACUUACCAUCGGUACCAACUACCCAAUUUGGUUCUAAAACUCAAAUUAACUGCAGUUCUGAAGUUUUAAUAGACAAUAAUGGUGAACAUACAGAGAGUAGCAGUAGUAAUACAAGGUAUGUUUUGAAUGGUGAUCGGCAAGUACCAAUUGGUUACAUCAAUUUCGAUCGCUUAGAUGUUGUAAUUACAAAGCCAUCGGCGAUUUCUCCUCGAAAAACUCAUUCAAGAACUGAUCUAGCAUUCAAGAAGAUACAGAUGAAAAGUAUUCUGCCGAAAUUGGAAUUGCAUUCAUUUGAUAGUGAGUCUUCACUUGCAUCAUUUGAUGAGAUCAGUACACCAAAAUGGUAUUCAACGCCACUAAAACGUUCUUUAAUUCCACGUGCUGCAAUAUCGACUUCUUUCAAUGCUGCAACAAAGUUACGUCUACUUCCUUCAUGCAGUACACAACUUUAA